GCGGCCGGAGCCCGGAUGCGGCGGCGUGCGACGGCACGGGAGGGCGGCGCGGAUGGAUCCAACAUGGCGGCGCCGAGCCUGAGCCGAGAGAAGAGACCUGGGAAAUUAAGUUUCUUGCAAAGUGUAGCGGGGCCCGCGGCCGCCGAGCGGGGACUCUGGACCGCGCCGCGCACCUGAGCCCCCGGCAUGGCGGGCCUGAAGCGGCGGGCCGGCCAGGUGUGGCCCGAAGAACGCGGCGAGCAGGAGCACGGGCUCUAUAGCCUGCACCGCAUGUUUGACAUCGUGGGCGCCCACCUGACACACAGGGACGUGCGCGUCCUUUCCUUCCUCUUUGUCGAUGUCAUCGAUGACCACGAGCGUGGCCUCAUCCGAAACGGACGUGACUUCUUGCUGGCGUUGGAGCGCCAGGGCCGCUGCGAUGAGAGUAACUUCCGCCAGGUGCUGCAGCUGCUGCGUAUCAUCACUCGCCACGACCUGCUGCCCUACGUCACCCUCAAGAGGAGACGGGCCGUGUGCCCCGAUCUUGUAGACAAGUAUCUGGAGGAGACGUCAAUUCGCUACGUGACCCCCAGAGCCCUCAGCGAUCCAGAACCGAGGCCUCCCCAAUCCCCUAAAACAGUGCCUCCCCACUAUCCUGUGGUGUGCUGCCCCACGUCGGGCCCUCAGAUGUGUAGCAAGCGGCCAGCUCGAGGGAGAGCCACACUCGGGAGCCAGCGAAAACGCCGGAAGUCAGUAACACCAGAUCCCAAGGAAAAGCAGACAUGUGACAUCAGACUGCGGGUUCGGGCCGAAUACUGCCAGCACGAGACCGCCCUGCAAGGCAACGUGUUCUCGAACAAGCAGGACCCACUGGAGCGGCAGUUCGAGCGCUUCAACCAGGCCAACACCAUCCUCAAGUCCCGGGACCUGGGCUCCAUCAUCUGCGACAUCAAGUUCUCCGAGCUCACCUACCUCGACGCCUUCUGGCGCGACUACAUCAACGGCUCGCUACUAGAGGCGCUCAAAGGUGUCUUUAUCACAGACUCCCUCAAGCAGGCUGUGGGCCACGAAGCCAUCAAGCUGCUGGUGAAUGUGGACGAGGAGGACUACGAGCUGGGCCGGCAGAAACUGCUGAGGAACUUGAUGCUGCAGGCACUGCCCUGACCUUUCCCCUCUCACCUCUCACCUCUCGGGGGACUGCUCCCCCCGCCCACCUCUGGAGCUCACAUACCGUUCUGGGGUUUGUUCUCUACCCUUCCGACCAAUCACACCCCUGCCUUUUUUUUUUUUUUUUUUU